AUGGAUUAUAAGUCAGUGGAUGAGUACAAUUCGGUCUUGUUCAAGAUGGUAUCGAUGCUGAGACUUUGUGGUGAAGUAGUAACCGAAGAAGAGUUACUUGAGAAAACAUUCUCUACGUUUCAUUCCUCAAACAUAAUCCUGCAGCAGCAGUACCGAAUGAAAGGCUUCGCCACAUACACUGAUCUAAUCUCGUGCCUGCUACUGGCCGAGGCAAACAAUGAGCUCCUGAUGAAGAACAGUGAAGCUAGACCUGUCGGAUCUGCCCCGUUACCAGAGGCCAAUGAAGUUGAAAAGAAAAAUCCCAACGAGUGCAAUUACAUCCAGAAUGAUAAGAGAUCACACGGCAUAGGCCGUGGUGGAUACAGGAACCGUGACAAUUACUCGAACGGUCGAGAUAGACACUUGGCCUGCCGGAAAGGAAACCACAAUAACCGUGGUCGUGGUUCCAAUCCCGGCCGUGGCCGAGGCGGAUAUGGACAAGGUCAAGGCGGUAUAUCCAAACCGUCUUACUCAACCAAAUCCGUUUGUCACAGAUGUGGGAUUAGCAACCAUUUGGCCAAGAAUUGUAGAACUCCUAAGCACUUAUGUGAGCUCUACCAAGAGAGUCUUAAGGACAAGAACGCGGAGGCUCAUAUGGUCCAUGAAUCCGGUUAUGAGGCUGAUAAAGAAUCUGAUGUUGCAAAUGACGACCUUAUGGACUUUGAGACUUCUGAUUGUCUCAAAGACUAA